UGUGUCCCUUUUUGUAGGAUGCUGAAAAUUAGUAUGCAAACAAGUGAAUAAAUAUGUUGGUUUCUGGGACAAUCAAAUCACACAGGAAAUAAAACAAAAUGUGGAAGUGCUCUGAGCUGGAAGCCGGAUCUGAUCUAUUGCGUGACUGGGAAUAACAAAUAUUUGAACCUGAGAGAGCUGCUAUUUCAUUCAGAGAUUUCUGCUUUGAGUAGUGUAUAUAGAGAAAUAUGGGCUGUUGUGGUGACUCUGUGGUGGAAAAUGACUGGGCCUCAGGCAAGAAAGGAUCUCCUGAUGAACUUGAAGAAGGUCCAAUAAAGGACAGAGGAUGCAGAGAUAUCCCUUGUCUCAUUAUCUUCUUGGCCUUUCUUGCAGUUGGUCUUUUCACCCUAGUUUGGGCAGGUACAAAGGGAGACUUGGACAGGAUGAUACAUGGGUAUGACAAAUAUGGGAAUGUUUGUGGUCAGCCAAAUGGUGUCAUUAAGGGAGUCAAUGACAGUGGAAAAGACAUGAGCAAUAAACCGCCAAUUCUCAACAGAUGUGGAUCCUCUGAAGCAUCAGUUAUUGCUGACCAAACAUCUAAUUUUCUGAAGCAAAAUCUGGGAACCCUCAAAGCAUUUUUCCAGGAAGCAACUGAUGACAUUCAAAAAAGUUGGAGGGAUAUUUUGUAUAUGGCUUUAAUCGCUCUUGGGUUUUCUCUGCUUGUCACUAUUCUUCUGCGAUUCCUUGCCUUCUGGAUAAUCUGGAUUAUCAUUGGUGUUGCUUGCAUUGGCAGUGUUGCUGCCACCAUUGCCCUAUGGAUUAUUUGGUCACAGGAAAAGAAGGUCUUGGAUGCUAUGAACCAAAAUCCAAAUGAUUACACUGAAACACAGAAAAGGGACAAGACCAACAAAGUUAAUUAUUUGUUUGCUGGUGCCAUAUCUGUCAGCAUCAUUACAGCUAUUGUUCUGCUGCUAGUUAUAUUCAUGAGGAAUAGAAUUGCCUUAGUGGUAGCUUUGUUCAAGGAAGCAGGAAAGGCUGUUCAUUCUAUGCCCUUCAUGCUUCUACAACCAGUCUGGACCUGCAUUGCACUAAUAAUAUAUGUCAUAAUCUGGCUGGCUGGAGCAAUGAUCAUUGAAAAUGCUGGAGAUCCUGUUAUUUUGGAUGAUGACACUGUUCAAUACAGACUAAGUCCUUUCUUCAAAGGAAUGCGCUUUUAUCACUUAUUCUCCUUUUUCUGGAUGACUCAAUUCAUUAUUGCUUGUCAGCACACAACUGUGGCAGGAUCAGUGGCUUCUUGGUUUUUCACAAGGGACAAAGGAAAAUUGCAUUUUCCAAUUCUGUCAAGCAUGUGGAGAGUGUUCAGAUUCCACCUUGGAUCUCUUGCAUUAGGAUCCCUCAUUGUUGCUUUGGUUCAGAUGGCUGCCAGACAGGCUUUCAAAUUGCUGGCAUCCAAUGCUGUCAGAGUGUUUGCCAUCAACUCCAUUGGGGACUUUGUUCUUUUCUUGGCAAAGGCUUCAAUAGUGGUUUCUGUGGUCUUCAUUGGGAUUGAGUUCAUGAAGGUGAACAACAAUGGAGUAACUCACACAUGGUUCCCUGUACUUAUUGGGGCCUUCCUAGCCUUGCUGAUUGCACAUACUUUCAUCUCCAUAUAUGAGAUGACAGUGGACACACUGUUCCUUUGUUUCUGUGAGGAUUGUGAGAGAAAUGAUGGAGUUCAAAGGCCUUAUUACAUGAGUAAAGGGCUGAUGGAAUUUGUGGAGAACAGCAAUAAAGCUCUUCAAACCCUCAAGGAAAAGGAGAAUGCAAAAGUGAAUGCAGUGACGCAUCUGAAUUAAAUGUACAUGCAUUACAUUUAUUGUUAUGAAAAUGGUGCAAUGAAGUGAUGAACAUUUUUUUGGUCAUAAUCAGAAAAUGGAUACCUUGCACAAAUUUUUGAGUGUGCUGAUAUCUGAACCAAGAAACAUGGCUGAGCAGCAGGUAUAUAUACAGGUCUUUUACACUAUGUUGCAAGUUGAAUUAUACAAAUCAUUGCUAAAUACUCAGUCCAGUAGUGUCUGUGUAUUGUGGGCAUUUUUUAAACCUAUGAUUUUUUCAAUAACGCUAUGUUUCCUUAUGAGAAUAAAACUGUAUAGUCAAUGAGUAUAUAAGCCUUUGAUCUGUUUUGAACAUCUUUUAAAAUCAAUAAUCACACUCUGAACCCAGUGUCUGCUGUAAUGUGAUGGCAAAAAUGGCAGCAUCUUUAUUUUAAAAGAGGACAUUGUAAAAAUCAAUCAGUAUUUUGUAAUGAUUUUUUUUAUUUUUGAACUUUUAAACUUUCAUCCAACUAUUGUACCUGAAAAAGCAAAAAAUAUCUAACACACUAUACUUUUUGAAUGUUUUUAGAUUAUUUUCAUGUGAACAUGCAGAAAACUUGGAAUCCUGAAUGCAUUCUCAAAGUAAGAAUUUCCAGCCCAUUCUGGAGCGAGAAUAAUUGAACAUUGACACCUCAAGUAACUUUCUAGACAAUGAAAGAUAUAUCAGUCUAUAUAUAGCAGGGUCAGUAUGCAGCAUAUAUACACAAGCAGGUUCAAUAAGGGUUUAAAGAUAAAAUUCAAGUUCAAAACUACAUGUAUGGGCUUGAGUGCAAUACAGCAGCAGCAGAGGCCAUUCUUGUUUUACAGAAACUUGAGAUCAUGAAACAAAUUAAGUUUAUAUAGGUUUAUAAUAUUGCUCAAACACUAAAGGGAUUUUCAUCAAAAAAAAGAUUGAUUCAUUGAUGUAAAAAAUAUUCAUUCAUGAGUUACAAAAUUUGAAAAUACCCCAUAGUAUUACCAGCAUAUAUGUAUAUGUAUUCUCACUGCUGCUUAUCUCUCCUGAAGCAAUUUCUUAACAGCAGUUCAUCUUAAGCUUUAUCAAUUAUUUUUGUUCAGUUGACGCCACACGGAUUUCGAUAUUCGAAAGCAUAUAUGACGUACGCGGGGAUGAAUCCACAGAAAUAUUUUGUUCUUGUGUAUAUAACGGUGUAUAUAUAAAGCAUAAAGCGAAAUGCUGCUUCCUGUGCCAUGUGUGCUGAUCAUUUAUUUAUGCAAG